CAAAGUAAUGAAAGAUAUAGUGUGUUUGAAAAAGGGAAAUUAAACGUAUCUAUUUUCCUCUUGGAAAAACGAACUGAAUCAAAUAUGAUUUAUUUUCUUUUUUGAAGGGAUGUUAUUGGCUGGUUUUACUAUUAGGAAUGCUCCAUAUAUCAGUGAGCACGUCCAUAUUAGUAGCGACUGGUCUUCAACUAUAAGAAAUAUUGCCCUUACCCUUAUCCUAAUAAAAGCUGGACUUGGACUCGAUAUACAGGCUUUGAAGCGUUUGAGGAAUGUUUGUUUAAGAUUGUCCUUUGGUCCAUGCCUCAUGGAGGCAUGUGCGGCUGCUGUUAUUUCCCACUUCCUUUUGAAUUUUCCCUGGCAAUGGGGAUUUCUUUUAGGUUUUGUAGUAGGUGCUGUCUCUCCUGCUGUUGUUGUCCCUUCCAUGCUAAAAUUACAAGAAGAUGGAUAUGGUAUUGAGAAAGGUAUUCCAACCAUACUAAUGGCUGCUAGCAGUGUGGAUGACAUCUUGGCUAUCACUGGAUUCAGUAUAUUCAUGACCAUAGUCUUCUCUUCAGGUGGCGUACUUCAAGAUGUCCUAAUUUCUUUUCGGAAUGUAGUUAUUGGUGUGCUACUAGGAACAUUUAUGGGAAUUUUUCUUCAAUAUUUUCCAAGUGCAGAUCAGACAAAUCUUCCAGUGAAGAGAGCAUGCCUUAUUUUGAGUUUGUGUGUUUCUGUCGUCUUAGUCGGCAAUAGCAUGGGUAUACAUGGAACUGGAGGAUUAUUCACACUAAUGUUGACUUUCAUUGGAGGGAUGAAUUGGAACAGAGAUAAGAUUGGAGUCCAAAAACUUAUUACAUUUGCAUGGGAAAUUUUUCAACCCCUUCUUUUUGGUUUGGUUGGAUUGGAAGUAUCUGUUGCAGCUCUUAAAUCAGAUGCUAUUGGUGUUUCUAUUGCUUGUUUGUUUUUGGCCUUAUUGGUUCGAAUUUCUGCUACAUUUUUCUUGGUGACUUUUACUGGUUUUAAUUUUAAGGAGAAAAUAUUUAUUGCUUUCUCAUGGAUACCCAAAGCUACAGUCCAGGCUGUGUUAGGUCCUCUGGCUCUAGAAACUGCAAGAAUCAGCUCACCCCACUUGGAAGGAUAUGCGAAGGAUGUGAUGACAAUUGCAUUUUUAGCUAUCUUGAUCACAGCUCCAAAUGGAGCUCUGCUUAUUAACAUACUGGGGCCCAGAUUACUUGCACGCUAUGAUCCAAACUAAAUAAAACAGAAAUUGUCAUAA